UCUUGCUGAGGUUUAUAAUUUAAAUUUUUUUAUACUUCUCUUUGUUGGAAUUUUUUUAUAUAAUUAUUUUAUUUCAGUGGUUUAUGGCGCCUAAGAGAACAAGAGGUAUGUCAAUGGAGGAAUUGCUCCCCCCAUCUCCUUUGAGACGUAAAAAGGGCAAGCACCAGGCACGAACAUCUCAACAACGUAGUUUGAGUUCGAGUCAGCCUCUAGUUAAUUCAUCAAGACAGCCUACUUCCUCGGUUCAAAGUGAACAAGCAUCUGUUGUGAGACGUCAACGCGCUCAGCUAGAGACACAACUAUCUCAGCAAAAUGUUGUUGCUUCUGGGGAUGACCAUUUGACAGGCCAACUAGAUGAGUCAGAGCAAAUGGAAUCUGAAGAUAUUAGUAAAGGACGUGGUGCUGCUCGGAGUAUUUCUCAAUGGGGGACUGGAAACAUAUUGCAUGUUACGUUUGAUCCUGAGUGGAAGCCAAUUAAAGCUAAUGCAUCAUUGUUUAGUUCACAGCUUGGAAUCAUUGCACGAAAUGGAAAAAAAAUUCCUCUAACAUAUCCUACAUGGAAUGACAUGCCUGAUGAUAUAUUAGACGACAUUUGGAAGGAUAUCACAGAUAAUACAGAUGCCCCUGAGGCAUAUAGAUUCCAUUGCCUAAAGGUAGUUGGUAAUAGAUGGAGGGAUUGGAAGUGCCGACUGAAGCAGAAAUGGUAUGAUAAAUAUGACACUGAUGAACAACGCUUAGCCAUCACUCCUCCUCGGGUGGUCACAGAGCAGUGGAAGACACUAGUAAAAUAUUGGGGUCUUCCAAAAGUAAAAGAAUGUUCUGAGAUGAAUAAGGUCAAUCGUGCACAAGGAGGUGCUCCACAUAGGACUGGCCGCACAUCAUUUGCUCAGUUGAGAAAUGUGAUGAAAGAGAGAGGAGAGAAGACUGAUCGUCUGAGCAUGUUUAUCAAAACUCGAACAAAGAAGAAGAAAAAUGAUGAAGAUGAAGUUUUUGAUGAGGACAGUGCUGAUAUUAUUAAUCAAUUCAACCAAUGUUUGGAAGAAAGGGAAGAAGAUGAACAAGAUGAGUUAUUUAGAGAGGAGAUAUUUACUAAAGUGAUGGGAACUGAUGCACAUGGGCGUGUUCGCAUGUAUGGGGCUGGUGUAACUCCAUCUCAAGUGUUUGGUCAAAAAUCAAAUUAUGACAAUAAUGAGAAUAGGAUGAGAGAGGAGCUAGAGAAACAAUAUCAGUCAAAAAUAGAUGAUCUCCAAUCCAAGUUAAAUGAGGUCAGCUCACAACUCAGUCAAGUAAUGACUCAUGUUGGUUUCCAAACCACCCCAGAAGAAAGCGGAAGCGGCCAGAUUCCAGAUGCCUCAAGUAUGCAUCAACGAAGACUUAGUGUUAAUAGCGAGCUGCAGCCUAAUUUAGACUUGGAGGCAUAAAAGAAAUUAUUUUCAUUAAAAGGUUAGGGGUGGAGAUGAAAUACAAGAUAAUGAUGACUCCUUCAAGUUUAAACUCUAUUAAUUUUAGUACUUUUGAAUCCUAAUAUUUUGUUUUAUAUCUAGAGAUGGUAUUGUUUACAUAUGACUUGAGAUUUGAGAUUCUAUAAUUAUUAGGUUUUUUUUUUGUGUGAAUGCAAAAGAUGAUACUUUCAAGUA